AUGGCCUCACCCCGCGUUCUGAUUUUUGGUGGAGAUGGUGGCAUUGGCCGACUGAUUGCUGAGUCGAUGCUUAUGAAACCCUGGCACGUUACCAGUGUCAUCAGAGAUCAGAGACAAGAAGCAGAAGUUCUUCAAGGCGCAAAAGCCGAUGUCCUCGUUGUUGAUCUUGCACGUAUGAAGGACGAAAACACCAAUAGGAUCCUCAAGGAACUCAAGGCUAACUAUAUUGUGUUCGCGGCAGGUAAGGAAUGUUAUGAUUAUUCUACGAAUAGUUUUGCUAAGCUGCUUUACUAUUUACCAGGGAAUAUGAGUAAUGUUAACGUGGUCGGUCGGAAUGCGGUGAAGAAAACCGUCAAGGCAUUUGUUAGCUGUCCCGAGGGUACAAAAUUUCUCAUGAUAUCAUUUCUGCCCCGCGCCGAAAGCAGGCGCCUUGGUGGGACAGCACAGAUUACCAAAGCUUUCUCGACGAGACAAGAGCAUAUCCAGAGAUAG